UGCUGGAUGUCGUCCUCCUCGACACGGCCGUCCCCGAAGAUCUCUCUUGGUCAGAGGAGGUGGAGCAGCAAGGCCUCCUAUCCUCCAGCGCGUGGACCGACGGCUGCGUCCUCUUUCUCUCCUAGCGUGAUCCGACCUCUUCUGUCUUCGCCUGACCACGACCACAACGAUGGCGAGGAGAAGGCUACGAGGAGGUGGACAACCUUCAGGCUACCGCACAAGAUGACCAAGGCCUUCGAGUACAAGAGGCUGCUGCUUGACUAUAACAGCGAACACGACCAACAAGUUCUGCCAGCGCGAGGCAAGCAACGACAUGCUCGGAUACCCCCACCUAUCAGCAUCUAAAGUCGUCGAGUGGCUGCUGCUGUGAACGAAGAUCAGAAGAAGCCUAGAGAUGUGCACAAUAGUUUUAGUUGAUGUUGCCACCAUGUUUUGGUGCGUGUGUAUUUGUUUCCGAUUGUAUGUACACUUGAUGGAUCGUGCGGAUGUGUAUGAGCUGUUGUGAGUUUCAUUGAGGGAUUUCUGGAUUUGAUCAUUUAAAUGUGAGAAUUAUUGAUUGUUUGCUGUUGAA